AGCUUUUGAGCCUGUGAGCCUUCAAGCUGCCUUUGCGCGGGGCGCGCCCGCAGGUGGCUGGCCAUGCCAAGCGGCUUCGAUUACUCCAAGUGGAACAACAUUGAGUUGUCAGACGAUGAAGAGGACGUGCAUCCAAACAUCGACAAGGCAUCCUGGUUCAGGUACAAGCACCAGAACCGGGUGGAGCAAGACGAGGACGAUGAGAGAAAGCAGUUGCGGCUCCAGAAAGAGCUGCAAAAGCUGCAGAAGGAGUACGAAGUCUUCGGUGAGAGCGGCAAGGAGCAUCUGAAGGCAAAGAAGAUCAAGGUCGAGAUAGACAAGGUUCAACAGGAACUGGAGCACAUGGAGAAGACCAAGAAGUGGAACGCGGACACCAUGUGCAAAACUGUGGAGCAGAAAACUGUACUGUCUGAGAGCAAGGAGUCUCCUGCGCCGGAACCCAGGUUGCAAGGGGAAGCAGUGGCAGAAGGCUACUGCGAAUUCGUGGAAGAGCAUGAGGAAUUGUUGGAGACCUACAUCUCGUUGGGGGAUGAGGACUUGGAGAAAGUGGGCAGCUUCCUGCGACAGCACGGGGGUUUGCUGCUCCAGGGCGAGCACGCCGAGUCAUACCUCUUGCUGGACUGCCUCGAGAAGGAGAUGAACGAGCUGCAUGAGGAGAUGAAGCGCUCUGCGCGGCAGUAUCAGCUGCUCGUUCAGCUCCGGGAGUUCUCCCGGGCCUCUGGCCGGCCCGCACGUGACUCCGUGAAUCCGAUCUUCCAAAGUCUCAUCGAGCAUGAAGCGACGCGGGAAUCCUUCGAGGAGACAGUCCAAACAUUCAUCCGCAGAGUUGAAAAACGCGCGGUGGAGAAGAAGAAGGAGAUGGACGCGGAGUCGGCGAAUCCGCCGGGGCCAGGUGGUUUGGAUCCCUUGGAGGUUUUUGCAAGCCUCCCCGAAGAGAUGCAGACUGCCUUCAGGGCCAAGGACAUCCAGAGACUGCAAGCAGCCGUGGAUGCCCUGCCUGAGGAGGAAGCUCGGUACCACCUCAAGAGAUGUGAAGAUAGUGGCUUGUGGGUGCCCAACGCCGAGGCGGGGCCGCCACCGUACAGAGCCUGAGCUGAGACCCGCACAGCUCUUGUGUAGUUAGGGUGGAGUUUUGGUGCCGAGUUCUGCUUUUUAC